AAACCAACAUUUUUGUGGGUUGGGUUAAAAACUUGCAGCCUUAUUUGCCGCACCCUCCUCAAUCGUCAUAGGCAUAUUUUCUGGUUCUUUCGCGAGUUCUCCCUGCUGCUGCUACAGUUUAAAUUUUAGGCGAUUCGACUUGAGUUCGUGCUUGAACCCAAAAAUGGCAACUCUGGCAGAUUCCUUUCUCGCCGACCUUGACGAGUUAUCUGACAAUGAAGCUGAUUCGCUUGAGGAAGAUAAUGCUGAGGAUGCAAAGAUGGAGGAAGAUGUUGAUGGAGACUUGGAAGACAUAGAAGCCCUUAAUUAUGAUGAUUUGGAUAGUGUUUCAAAAUUGCAGAAAACACAGAAAUAUAUUGAUAUAAUGCAGAAAGUGGAAGAUGCACUUCUGAAGGGUUCUGAUAUAUCAAACCAAGGAAUCGUACUAGAAGAUGAUCCUGAGUACCAGCUGAUUGUGGACUGUAAUGCAUUGUCAGUUGAAAUUGAGAAUGAAAUCAUUAUAAUCCACAAUUUUAUUCGUGAUAAGUAUCGGUUGAAGUUUCCUGAGCUCAAGUCGUUGGUGCAUCAUCCAAUAGAUUAUGCUCGUGUUGUGAAAAAGAUUGGCAAUGAGAUGGACUUAACACUAGUUGAUCUUGAAGGACUCUUGCCAUCAGCCAUCAUUAUGGUUGUCUCGGUGACUGCAUCAACUACAAGUGGCAAGCCACUUCCAGAGGAUGUUCUUCAAAAGACAAUUGAUGCAUGUGAUUGAGCUCUUGCUCUUGAUGAAUCAAAGAAAAAGGUCCUUGAUUUUGUUGAAAGUAGAAUGGGAUAUAUUGCACCCAAUCUCUCUGCCAUUGUUGGUAGUGCUGUUGCAGCAAAACUUAUGGGGACUGCUGGUGGUCUUUCAGCAUUAGCCAAGAUGCCUGCCUGUAAUGUUCAGCUGCUUGGUGCAAAGAAAAAGAACCUUGCAGGGUUUUCUACUGCAACGUCACAAUUUCGUGUUGGUUAUCUUGAACAGACAGAGAUAUUUCAAACUACACCCCCUGCUUUAAAAAGUCGUGCUUGUAGAGUAUUGGCUUCAAAAUCCACUCUUGCAGCAAGGAUAGAUUCCACCAGAGGGGAUCCAUCAGGGAAUGCUGGAAGGUUGUUUAAGGAUGAUAUCCUUAAGAAAAUAGAGAAAUGGCAAGAGCCACCCCCUGCAAAGCAACCUAAACCACUUCCUGUUCCCGAUUCUGAACCUAAGAAAAAGAGAGGUGGUCGUCGUUUAAGGAAGAUGAAGGAAAGUUAUGCUAUAACUGACAUGAGAAAGUUGGCCAAUAGGAUGCAGUUUGGUGCACCAGAAGAGAGCUCCUUGAUUGAUGGACUGGGGGAGGGUUAUGGAAUGCUUGGGCAGGCUGGAAGUGGAAAACUGCGCAUGUCAGUUGGGCAGAGCAAACUUGCUGCAAAAGUAGCUAAAAAGUUCAAGGAAAAGUCUUAUGGAAGCAGUGGUGCUACUUCUGGAUUGACCUCAAGUUUGGCAUUUACACCUGUCCAGGUAUCUUAUUUUGUACUUUGAUCAUGAAUUGAGAUGUCAAUGUAGAGAAGAGAAUUUGAAUAUGGGACUUUUCUAGGUCUCAACGUAUCCUGAACUGUUGGCCCAAUGCCUAAUUGAAUUAUGUAGCACAGUUGUUACUGAUCAAAUAUGUCUGACAUAGGACAGGGUUGGAAAUCUGCCUGUGACUUUGGUGGUUUAGUUUCAAGAAUUAAGGAAACCCAGGCUUUGUAGCAUGGUGUCAGAAAGGUUUUGAUAUUGGGACUUAAAUGGGAGUGUAAAAGUUCAGUUUAAAAGGCUGUUUGUGUUGCUGGUAAGAGAAAAAAGGCUCUUCCCUGGGAUUAAAGACGACCAUUUCAC